AUGGCUACCCUGCCACUGCCGCCUCAUCGUUCCCUCCUCCAUGGAGUCGAACAGCUGCCCCCGUACACUCCCCGUAGAGUGCCUCUGAAUGACUCCGAAACAGCGUCUAUACAUUCAGAUGCACCGUCAUACGUAUCCGCUGCUCCGUCCUACCACUCUUAUGUCCCAGCGUCCCACCGGCGGGCGAGCGAUGUACUUCCUAAUACUCCCUCGCCAGCAGAGAACCAGCAACGCCAACCACGUCCAGAGCCACAGCAGCAACAGGAACGGCAGACGACUCAGUCCCAAGGGGCACAGAAUAACACCGACCGGAAUGGUCUCCCUCCUACACCAAUUAAUUCAUCUAACUUCACCGCACGAUCCAUACGUAACACAUCGUCCAGCCUUCGCUCAGCGUAUAACUCAUCGGAAUGGGUACCGGUCACGGGCAGCUUGCAGUCACGUCACUACCGGAAUGUCGCAAACAGGCGUGUAACAAGUUCAUCCAACGAAAUUGAUGCGAUUUCAAGGUUCAUUUUCCCGGGGCUUUUCCAAACCACAACAGAUAUCACAACGUCUAGCAUUUCAGAGAUAGAGAACCGACCUUCUUCAUCAAGAAAUGCGGCGAUGCCGUUUUCUCUUGGACAAGCUCAUAAUUCGUCCACCAUAACUCUAGUUCGUUCUCCAACCGAAGAACCAUCUGCCACUUCUACAGCAAACGAGCGAUCAUCACCCACACAAUCGGGCAUACACCUCCCUCUAUCUCCCCAUGAGGAUCCAGAUCUAGUCGGUGAAGAAGCUGCGGCUCGCUUCCGAUCGCAACGGCUCUACAUGGCCUCACAGCAGGAGCUCAGCCGGGCCCAAUAUUUAACACCGUCUCGAAAUCACGCACAGCAGCAGGAACCACCCGCCCCGCCAGGAUUGGUAUAUCAGUAUAGCUCCCUAGUGUCACCGGCAUCUACGUCGAUUGAAUUCACGCCCUCUCCGGAACAGCAGCGACGAGCUCGUAUGACCAGCUCUCCUCCCACCUCAGAUAACUCGCUACUUCGUCCUAGGACAAGUAGAGACCGCAUUGAACCAACUAGGUCACGGAGUCCAGAGUCACAGCAGGUGAACGUUCCAGCCCUCACACCAGCACCUACAGUGACUCCCGUUUCCGCACCUAGUGCAACCAUCGCGCCGAAUGAAGGACCUGGACCCGGCCCGAGUACAGCUGCAAGAUACAACCGUAGAUCUCUCGUGGACCGUGACAGUGUCUUACGCGCUCAGGAAGCACAAAACUGGGACUUCAUGUUAGCCCAGAUGGCAGACGAAGGACGUGAGCGCAGCUGGAAACGGUACAAGGGACAAGUGGAGAAGCAGAUGCACGUUGCAAGGCAGUUGAAAUUGGGGCCGCUCCUGAUGGCUGGAUGGAGGAGGAGGUUAGAGGAAAGGAAGAAGGCAAAGUCGAGGGCCUUUCAUUAA